AUGACAUCAACCGGAUUUGGACGUAAAAUGGUAAUUGCUGAAGUUGGUGGCCCUGGAAAUCUUUUCCCUGUCAUUCAUAAAGAGAAAGACUUCGAUUUGAAGGAGAUUUGUAAUGGCUGUGAAGCUCCAUCAUCAUUUAUUUUUGGUCCAGGUGCAGGACCUUGGCAGGUGGUUGGACGAAACUGUGAAAUGGUGGCUGAUGCGAAUUUCUCUUCAUCUAAGGUAAUAACCGCUAUUUGUCAUGUAAUCAGUUCACCGAAAUUCAGCUUAAUGGCAAAUCUUGCAGUAUCAGCCGAGCCGGGACCAGCUGAAGUAGUUUACUGCAAAGCUUCUGUUCGAACUGGGAAGGACAACUUUCCAGAGACUAUUCGUAAAGGACUUGCUAAGCAUUAUGGCAAUAAAUGUGUUUCGGUUGCUGGUGUUUUCAUGAUGUUAAAAGGCGAAGCAAAGUUGCACGUAAUGCCUGACUUUCCUGGAUGCAAUUUCAGUUCACGAGAAGAGCUCGAAAAGCAGUGGUUACGUUUCUUCACAAUGAGAGCACCUUUGGUUUGCGCGUCAGUUUUUCAUUCGUAUGAUCCUGGCCACAAAUUGCGAAUGGAGCACACUCACUGUUAUUCAAACCAUGGAGACGCCGGCCAUUAUCACUAUGACACGACUCCAGAUACGGUCGUCUAUGAAGGAUAUUUUACUGCUGCCGAAAAGAUUUACCGAUUCGAUGAAGUCUAA